AUGGUGGUUGUCGACAUCUGGAGUUCAAUGCGUUCUAAAGCUUAUGUUUAUACAUCAAAAUCAAAGUCAUGGGAAUUAAUUGACAGAAUACCUUACCGUAUUUAUCACGAUGGAUAUGAUGAUGGAGUGUUUUUUAAUGGAUCCCUUCACUGGCUUGCGCGUGCUGCUGGACAAGACUCCACUGUACUGAUCUGUUCUGAUACUGUUAAUGAGAGAUUCCAGAAGGUGGAAAUGCCAGAAGCUUCUAUUCCAUAUCCAGAGGAACCUUUGGGAAAAAAUAGGUUCCAUGGAAAUGUGGGGGCAUCGGGAGACUGCCUAUGUUUAGUUUUUCAUGUUUUUAAUGUCCGCAUUGGUGUAUGGAUUAAGCAAGAUUAUGAAGUGAGAGAAUCUUGGGCUAAAAGCUUCUCUAUUACUCAUGAGAGUAUCGUAUAUGUGUCAAAUGUUUUAUAUUUGGAAUCCGACAACAAACGGGUACAAGCAAAUACUCAUGGGAUUCGAAAAGAAUUUGAUGGGUGUGGAUUUGGUUAUGAUUACAAGACUGGAGAUUACAAAUUGGUUACGGUUGUGUUCAGACGGGCUACAAAUUGUUCAGAUAUUAAUGUCUAUACACUAAGAUCAGGUUCAUGGAAAACAAUUCAGAGAGUACCUUAUUAUCUAUAUAACAAAUACCUUCAUGAAGGAGUCUUCUUUAAUGGAGCUCUUCAUUGGUUUGCGCAUACUUUUGGAAAGGACUCCACUGCACUGAUGUGUUUCGAUAUAGUCAAUGAGAGAUCCAUGGAGAUAGCACUGCCAGAAACACCUAUGCCAUCAUGUCCAGAAGAGGCUUUGAAAAAAGAUAUCGCCAUAGAUUUGGGUGUAUUGGCAGGGUGCCUAUGUUUAGUUUUUGGGAUUUGGAGAACCCGCAUUGAUGUAUGGAUAAUGCGAGAUUAUGGGGUGAGAACAUCCUGGGCUAAAAGUCUCUCCAUUACCCAGGAGAUAAUGACUAGUAACAUUUGGGAUUUGAAGUUAGCAUGGAGUUUCAAGAACAAUGAGACUUUGUGGGAAGUCGAUAAGGGUUUCAUUUUAUAUGACUCAAACAGCAAACUAUAUAGAAAACUGAAGUUGGAUUCUGAUGCUUUUAGAAGGUGGUCUGUAACAAGAAAUCAUAUGCAUGGUUAG